AUGUAUACUGCUACAAUUGCUGGAAAUGUAGUGAUCAUUGCACUUGUAUCUACAAGUCACCAACUCCAUUCAACUAUGUACACAUUUCUUUGCCACCUCUCAAUUGCAGACAUCUUAAUAAGUACUAACAUUGCUCCCAACAUGCUACAAGUCAUAUUACUAGGCAGAAGCUCCAUAUCUGCCAGAUAUUGCAUUACACAAUCUUAUUUCUUUGGUGCUUCUGCGAUUAUAGAAUCCUGCCUUCUUACAGUAAUGUCAUAUGAUAGGUAUUUGGCCAUAUGUAAACCAUUGCACUACACUUCAAUUAUGAGCCAUAAGCUUCCUCAUUACCUGGUUACUUGUUGUUGGAUGUCUGGAUUUGUUUUAUCUGGACUCACUCAUAUACUCAUAGCUGAGUUUGAUUUCUGUGGCCCUAAUGCCAUAGACCAUUUCUUCUGUGAUUUGGCUCCUCUCCUUGAACUUUCAUGCUCUGACACAUCAAUUGUACAAAUUCAAGUAUCUAUUGCAGUCAUUAUUAUGGGCCUUUUCCAAUUGGUAUUUAUCAUUGUAACUUACAUCUGCAUAUUCAUCUCCAUCCUUCAGAUUUCUUCAGUCACUGGAAGAAAAAAAACCUUCUCCACAUGCAGUGCUCAUUUGGCUGUUGUUUGUACUUACUAUGGGACCAUGAUUAUUUUGUACAUGUCUCCUGCUAGAGGGUAUUCACUGAACUUCAACAAAGCUCUAUCUUUUAUAAAUUCUGUAGUGACUCCAUUUUUUAAUCCAUUUAUAUACACUCUAAGGAAUAAAGAUAUCAGGUUUGCCAUAAGAAAAACAAUAUUUUCUAAUUCAUAA